CUGUCUGCAUAGCAGUGACACCUACACUGUUAGUCUUUAUAACUGGACUCUGUGUUACAUUAGCGCUGAUGUUAUUGAUUGCAUCCGGCGCUCUGCUGCAGGAAGGCCAGGAACCUGCUGGCGGAGAUGGAUAUGAAGCUCGACCAGGUUCGCCACAGCGUGGUAAAAGCAGGACGAUGACUGAGCUUUGAAGGAUGCAAGAGUUGAACUACAGCAGGGGUGGAGCUGCCCUGAUAAUUUCAGUGAACAAGUUGUUUUCAAACAGGAAAUGCAGCCUGGACGAAAUUAAAAGAAGAUGGAAGACUGCCGAUAUUUAUUCAGGCCUGGGACUGAGAGACCCAAUAAUGGACCCGUAAGUGUGCAUGAGCACGUUUGUGUGCAGAAUGUGCAAUAACUGGCAAAUCUCUGUCAUUCAGACAUUUAGUAGAAAGUCUCGUCAGAUGACUCCCGUGUGUCAUUCUGGGAUUAUCAUAGUGUCUCUCCUCCAGUCAGUAGAAAGCAUGCCCUCUUUAUCCCAUAAAGUAGCAGUCUUCUCCUUUCUGCCUGUAAUAUCACUAAUGUAUCAAAUGUGAAUCAGUAUAUCUUCAGGUGUACUGAAACUGCCUUGUGGAUGCCCUGAAUCAUUGAUGCAGGAAUGAAGAGGAGUGUGAGGACCAUGAAGUGGGUUCCUACAUCUGUGUCCUUGAUUGGACGGAGUGUUCAGCCCCUAACUCACAGAGAAAUACUAAGCACACAUCAGAUUGGCUAGCUUCAUCUGGAUUUUGUUUCCCACAACACUUCUGUCCCCCAUCGGAGCUCAGUGGACAGCUGAGGUUUAUAGAUCCCGUCAUCAAAGGUUUACCAAGCCAUGCCAACCAGGAAGGAACAACUUUCCAUAUGGUGGACAUUUUUUAUUGGAUUAAGCACUUUUUGAAUGAAGCAACCCAGCAGCAUGCCAUUGUCAUGGAUUCCUUCAACAGGCUCAUCAUUCUUUCUGAUAAUUGUAUAACUAUAAAUAAAUUAUGCCACAUUUACUCCUCUCUGAAUUUGAGAACAUUUAUUAGACAUAGAGGAAGUUCUGGAAGAAAUAAAAAGAUGUCUGCUGUAGAACACAAUGACGCCCAAAGAUCUUUUUGUCUCAAGACGAGCGGUCAGGACGCAGAGAGGGACAGCUUAAGGACGUGGAACCCUGAGAUCUGUCAGAAAACCCGUCAAAACGAUGAUCAUUCACGAAUACCACAGAGGAGGAGCAAAAGUGAGAAAAUGAAAAUAAAGAAAAGUGUUUCCUUUGAAGAGGAUGUCAUCGUCUACCUGUUUGAUCAGGAAACACCCACUCUCAAGCUGCCUUCAGAACCCUCUACAUCUCCACCAUUCCAUAUUCCCAGCAUCCAGUCUGAUGUUACGUCAGAGGACAAUGGGUUGCAGUGGGAAGAUGACUUCUCAGCUUUGGCGUGUGCUCAACAAUCUGGCACCGUUUCCCUGCCGACAAAGAGCUGGACUUCUCAGGGUAGGCCAGAGCGUUGCUCCCUGGCCCAAACUUGCCUGUUCCUCACCUAUGUCACCGAGUCAGACCUUGAACUAUGACACAAAGUGACUUUUAUAAGUUGGGAGACUUGGUUGGAGACUGUGAGGUGAGAGGAAGCAGUAGGAUGAAGUCCAAAGGGAAGGCAGCGAGACCCUCCAGGAGGCCCUGGUCCGACCCAGAGCCGGAGAACGAACCGGACACAGAGCCGGGCUCCAGCGAGCAGGAGGGCUCGGAGGCCUCGGUCCGGAUCGGCGGCUCCUGGAGGGGCUCCUUGAGGAGCGGGGACGGCAGGCGCCGGCAGGGAGGAGGAGGAGCAGGUGGGGGAGGCGGGCGGCGGCGCAGGAUGUACGGGUCCAGCACCAAGGAGCGCAGCAUCCGGAGGCUGGAGAGCAACGAGCGGGAACGCCAGCGCAUGCACAAACUCAACAACGCCUUCCAGGCGCUGCGCGAAGCCAUCCCACAUGUGAAGACGGACAAGAAGCUGUCCAAGAUCGAGACUCUCACUCUGGCCAAGAACUACAUCAAAGCCUUGACCACCAUCAUCCUGGACCUGUCGGGGGCCUGCCUGCCCACUGAGGCAGGGCCCUCGGGGGCCAGGGCUGCCAGGCUGCUGCAGUGCUACCAGCAGCACCUGGAGGAGGAUGGGGAGGACGGCCUCACCCAGUACCUCACCCACAUGCAGAGCUUCGGCCAGGAAACUUAACAGCCUGGGACUGUAAAAGGGUUUGGGACCAGGAGCCCCCUGCUGGAUGCUACAACAACUGACUGCUGGCCCAAAACUCGCAAAAGUUUUCCUACCUCUUGAACCUUUUCACUUUUUUUCACGUCUCAACCCCAAGCUGUCAGGAAAUAAAUGAAAUGUAAAUAUUUAUUGACAUCCCUUUGUUCUGAUUCCCCAGAACAAAUCCCAGUUUUAUUCAGAAAUGACUUAAUUAGCAAAGCCGGUCCACCUGUGUGAUGUUUGUUAUGAUCCUGUUUCUUUGACAAGAAAACAGAACCAUGAUGACCACGAACACUGCAGGUUAGAAAACAAAAUGGCAAACUUUGCACAUUUCACAAAGCUCUGUGAGGCCACUAGGAGGAAACAGAAAAAAUCUGAACACAAAUCUACCAAGAAAAAAGUGUUAUUUGAAAGAAAGUCAUAAGAAGUUCUGCUUGCAGCUUGGUACAAGCCAGAAAGGCAUGGGCGGAGCCAGGAGGUGGUGAAAGGUGGCCAUGAUCACCCCUGCUGUUCCCUUUCAAAACAGUUGGUGGCAGCAGUGAAAUGUGCUUAGACAGCAAAAAUAUAUAAAAAUAGGCGUAUGCUUAUUUACUUCUAGAAAAAAAUUUCUGUCUUUGAUAAGUUAGUUGGAAAAUAUAAAUGUUGUGCUCUAAAGUGGCUCAGUUGUUGCCCACCCCCCCCAUGAGGGGCCACCCCUUCGAAAAUUGCAUGGCUCCGCCCCUGCAUAUUGGGAGACAUGUGGAAGAAGUUGCUCUAGUCAGAAAAGAACAAAUUGGAAUGUACUGCACAUGUUGAGACAUGGUGGUGGCAGCAUGAUGCAGUGGGAAGGUUUUUUCCUUUUGAAGGAAUAAAGAAGCUAAACAGAGCUGGUGGGAAGUAAAUACAGAAAACCUUUUAUGGCCUAAAAAAAGAGCUUAACCUGGGUUGAAGGUCACUCUUCUAAAAGUACAGUGACCCCAAACCAACAGCCAGAGAUACAACAGCAUGGCUUAGACUUAAAAACUGAUUUUUAUAAAUGCUCAAUCUCACCUUGAGCUAAUUUGCAAAUGAAAAUGAGAAAUAAUUUCAUUAUGUUCAUUUGUAAAAUAGACACACC